AAGUGCCGGAGCACGUUCGGGUGACCGCGGUUGCGCGUCGGUCGUCAUGUAGUCGAGCGUUCCCGGGGGCGCGGAUGGUGGCAGAGCAACAAACUUUUCGCGGUGAAAUCAAUGAGCUACGGUUUAAACAUGGCUGCAGGCGAGGAGGGAGAGCUUUUGCACGGCCGAGCCAGGCACCACGACGGGGCUGCGAGUGUAAACAGCUCGGAGAGCUUCAGGAACGGCUACGUGAAGAGCUGCGUCACCCCUCUCAAGCAGGACCGUCGAAGGGGAUUUUUGUUCAACGCCAGCGGGUUUUGCGGCGGGGACGCGCCGAGCUCCGGACUGCCCAGGCUCUCUGCCCUUUACGUGGGCGCCUUUGCCGUUUUCGCAGCCUCUGCCCUCGUCUGCAGGAGCCUGCAGAGUGACUCGCUGUGGGAUUUGCGGACUUUUCUGUCGGACGUGUCGCGAUCCAUUAGUCCCCUGUUCAGCAUAGGCUGCGCGUUCUUCUUCCUGACGUUCUACCUGCGGAGGAAAAAGAAGGAAAGCAAUAAGUGCUGGCUCGUCUCGCUGCCGGCGUCAUGCUACCUUGGGGAUUUUCUGGUUCUGCGGUUCCUGCAGUGGGGAGAGGACCAGCACCAGAUGCAAAUGGUGGGCAGGUUGCUAUUCGUGCUGGGAUGCGUCGGUCUCCUCACGCUGAUCCCCACUUUGAAACUCAAACACAGCGUCCUCAUCCUGGUGUUCGCCAGCGUGGUGUGGCUGGUGUCCUUCACCAGCCUGAGUGGCCUGCCCGUCCUGCUCAGACCCUUCUUCGCCUGUUUCGCGGGCGUCUCUGGCUCUCUGGUGGGGCUCUGCUUUGACCAUUACUACCCGUCGAGGGACGCGCCGAGCAGGAUUUGCAGCGCCGAGGAGAAGGUCCCCGUGAUCCGACCCAGGAGGAGGUCCAGCUGCGUGUCUCUGGGGGAGACGUCGACCAGCUAUUACGGCAGCUGUAAGAUGCCCCGCAGACCUUCGCUACCGUGCAUAUCCAGGGAGCAGAUGAUCUUGUGGGACUGGGACCUGAAGCACUGGUACAAGCCACAGUAUCAGGGUGCAGUGAGCGGCAAUGGUGUGGACCUGUCAGUCAUCAAUGAGGCCAGGAACCUGCUGUCCGACCUGCUGAUGGACUCGUCCCUGUCGCCGCACACCGUCUCCUCCCUGCGUAGCAUCUCCGGUCUCAUGGGGACGUUCUCAGGCUCCUGCCGCCCCAGAGUUAACCCUUUCACCCCCUUCCCCGGCUUCUACCCCUGCGACGAGUUGGAUGACUCAGUGGAGAGGAGCGACAGGAAAACACUGAAGGGUUUAAGUAGCAGAAACAGCCUGCCCACCCCUCAGCUCAGGAGGAGUUCCACCUCUUCUCCUGUCCCUUCUCUUGACUCUGCAUCCUCUCGUUGGGAACGCAACAACGGCAAGAGACCCCACCCCGACCUCAACCUCACCAGUUCAGGGUCUCUGUCCAAUGGGCCCAACGCAAACCUGCUCACCAUUCCAAAGCAGAGGUCUUCCUCUGUUACCCUGACCUACCAUGCAGGGCCCAGAAGAGCAGGCACAUCUCCCAGCCUCAGCCCACUCACUUCACCCAGCCACAGCCCUCCAGUAGGGGGCCUGGGCUCCUCCUCCACGCUGGUGACUCGCGCCCCCGUGGAGUUUCCGGACACAGCCGACUUCUUGACGAAGCCCAGCCUCCACCUGAACCUGCAGCACAAGCCCAUGGGCUACACCCUCAGCUCCCCUGACUUUCAACAGGUCUUCCGCAGCGCCACUGUCCCUCUCUGCACCAGCUGUGGUCGUCAGUUACCCAAGGGGGCUUCAAGUGGUGAUGCAGAAAAUCACCAAGCGUACACCACUGAGGCUCAGCGCAGAUGCUCAGGUGAAGGUAUGGAGUUCAUGGGAGAGCCUCUAAUCAGGGAGGAGAGUGCGGAGGUGGAUCCGUCCAGAGAAAAGAGAGCGGAGGUGUCUGGGAACCAGGGCCAGGUGGAGGAGGAGCAGGCCGAGGAGAAGAGCAGCCCCAGCAAAGAGCCGCAGACUCAGGAAUCAGAGGAGCUCAGACUGGACCCCAUGCUGGAGGAGCACGAUGCCCUCAUGGAGAAAAUCAACAGCUGGAACUUUCAGAUCUUCGACUUGGUGGAAAGAACAGGAGGGAAGACGGGACGGGUACUCAGCUAUGUGACAUACACCUUGUUCCAGGAUACGUGUUUGUUUGAAAUCUUCAAGAUCCCUGUGAGGGAGUUCAUGAUGUACUUCUGUGCGUUAGAGAAUGGCUACAGAGACAUUCCUUAUCAUAACCGGGUCCAUGCUACUGAUGUCCUCCACGCUGUCUGGUACUUGACCACUCGGCCAAUCCCUGGCUUCCAGCAGAUCCACAAUGAACUUGUGACAGGAAGUGACACAGAUUCAGAUAGCGGUAUCUCACCAGGCAGGAUAUCCUACGCCUCCUCCAAGAGCUCCUCCAUCUCCGAUGAAAGCUAUGGCUGCCUGGCCUGGAACAUCCCUGCUCUGGAACUGAUGGCCCUUUAUGUAGCAGCUGCCAUGCAUGACUACGACCACCCUGGUCGAACAAAUGCCUUUCUAGUAGCCACUAAUGCACCUCAGGCGGUGCUGUACAAUGACCGCUCUGUGCUGGAGAAUCACCAUGCUGCAUCCGCCUGGAGCCUCUACCUGUCCCAGCCUGAGUUCAACUUCCUGGUCAACCUGGACCAUGUGGAGUUCAAGCGCUUUCGUUUCCUGGUUAUUGAGGCGAUACUGGCCACAGAUCUCAAGAAGCACUUUGAUUUCCUGGCCGAGUUCAAUGCCAAGGUGAAUGAUGUGAGCAGUCCAGGGAUUGACUGGACCAAUGAGAACGACAGGCUGCUGGUGUGCCAAGUCUGCAUCAAGCUGGCAGAUAUCAAUGGACCUGCCAAAGUGCGGGACCUGCACCUCAAGUGGACAGAAGGCAUUGUCAAUGAGUUUUAUGAGCAGGGUGAUGAAGAGGCUAGCCUGGGAUUACCCAUCAGCCCCUUCAUGGACCGCUCCUCACCACAGCUGGCCAAGCUACAGGAGUCCUUCAUCACGCACAUUGUAGGACCACUCUGUAAUUCCUACGAUGCUGCAGGACUACUGCCUGGCUACUGGAUUGAUGAAGAUGGAUCAGAGGAGGAAGAAGAGGAGGGGCAGGUAGAAACGGAUACCGAUGAAGAUGAUGAUGAUCUGGAUGAGGAGCUGGGGCCAAAAAGGAGGAAGGGCCACCGCAGGUUGUUCUGCAACAUCAUGCAGCAUCUGACGGAGAACCACAAGGUGUGGAAGAAGAUUAUUGAGGAGGAGGAAAAACUCAAGGAGCUCAGCAAGCAGCAACAGCCCGACAGCCUUCUGCCCAGCCUGACAGCCAGCCUGCCCGCCUCGCCGUCCGAUGACAUCCAGGUGAUCCAGGAGGAGGAGGAGGGGGAGGACCGCCAGUAGCAGGAGUAAGAGGAAGCGGGAAGGAAUAAGGAAGCUUGGCAAGGAGAGCGGCUGUAAGGGUGGAGAGUCCCUCAACCGCCUGCCUUGCACUCACACAGACAUGGACAAAGACACACAUAGAACCCCCUGACAAACAAACAUAACGCACACCUUGCUUCUCAACAAACACACACAUACACACAAAUCCUGAAAGUUUCACUGUGCUGACACUCGGACGCUUACGCAGUCACAUUGUUUUUGACAACAAAAAAAAAAAGAAAAAAAAAGAAAAAAAAAAAGGCCUUACUACUGUGAGCUGAUCCUUGCUGCAAUGGUGGUCACCCCAGUCCUAUGCACUUUGAUCCCGCGGAGAGUCCCGUGUACCCAGAGGAAGCACCGGGGGCCAAAGAGGACGGUGCCGAGCAGGCGCGUCAGGGGUCCGGAACAGACUCGCCCUCCGUGGUGACCCCGGCUGUGAUGCUGCCUUGAACACAAAGCGCUUAACUCUCCUUUAGGUACCAAACACAGACCCGUCUAUUUAAAGUGGGAGGUGGGGGAGAAUAACGCACCGAGGAGAGCGGCUGACGCCCCGUUACCAAAGUGAACAGCUCCAACGUGGAGAGACAAGAGACUGAGACCGUUCCAGCCUCGACGUCAGAUAUAUUCUUGUAUUAUAUUAUCAAAUGUGCCUGUCUGAACCUUUACCGAGUCCACGUGGGCCCAGAGCCCCGCGGGGCUCGUGUAGUUCUCUCUCCCCUCGCUGGUGACACGAAACACUGUAUGAGACUCAGUCACACAGAC